AGACGGAAGCCGAGAGGCUUCCGGAAGCGGUCUUGAGGUCUGGGCCGGAAAGCGGAAGCGGCGUGCAACACGUGGGGGCGGUGCCGGUCGGAGGGCUCCUAGUGCGCCAGGUUGUGGGAAGUGAGGCUGGCGGUGGCGACAGCCGAGGAGGAGGGGCGGGACGCCGUGGAGCACGGCGACCGGCUGAGCGUCAUGGAGGGCUCAGGGGAGCAGCCGGGCCCACAACCACAGCAUCCCGGAGACCACCGCAUCCGCGACGGCGACUUCGUGGUGCUGAAACGUGAAGAUGUGUUUAAAGCAGUACAAGUCCAGCGGAGAAAAAAAGUAACUUUCGAAAAACAGUGGUUCUACCUGGAUAACGUCAUUGGCCAUAGUUACGGAACUGCAUUUGAAGUGACCAGUGGAGGAAGUCUACAGCCCAAGAAGAAGAGGGAAGAGCCUACUGCAGAGACUAAAGAAGCGGGCACUGAUAAUCGAAAUAUAGUUGAUGAUGGGAAAUCUCAGAAACUUACUCAAGAUGACAUAAAAGCUUUGAAGGACAAGGGCAUUAAAGGAGAGGAAAUAGUUCAGCAGUUAAUUGAAAAUAGUACAACAUUCCGAGACAAGACAGAAUUUGCCCAAGAUAAAUAUAUUAAAAAGAAGAAAAAAAAAUAUGAAGCCAUCAUUACUGUUGUGAAGCCAUCCACCCGUAUUCUUUCAAUUAUGUAUUAUGCAAGAGAACCUGGAAAAAUUAACCACAUGAGAUACGAUACACUAGCCCAGAUGUUGACGUUGGGAAAUAUCCGUGCUGGCAACAAAAUGAUUGUGAUGGAAACGUGUGCAGGCUUGGUGCUGGGUGCAGUGAUGGAACGAAUGGGAGGUUUUGGCUCCAUUAUUCAGCUAUACCCUGGAGGAGGACCUGUUCGGGCAGCAACAGCAUGUUUUGGAUUUCCCAAAUCUUUUCUCAGUGGUCUUUAUGAAUUCCCCCUCAACAAAGUGGACAGUCUUCUACAUGGAACAUUUUCUGCCGAGAUGUUAUCUUCAGAGCCAAAAGACAGUGCUUUGGUUGAAGAAAGUAAUGGCACACUGGAGGAAAAACAGGCUUCUGAACAAGAGAAUGAAGACAGCAUGGCAGAGGCCCCAGAGAGCAACCACCCAGAAGACCAGGAAACAAUGGAAACAAUUUCUCAAGAUCCAGAACAUAAGGGGCCUAAAGAGAGAGGAAGCAAAAAAGAUUAUAUUCAGGAAAAACAGAGGAGACAAGAAGAGCAGAGGAAAAGACAUUUAGAGGCUGCCGCUCUGCUGAGUGAAAGAAACGCAGAUGGUUUAAUUGUAGCUAGUCGUUUCCACCCCACUCCCCUGCUGCUGUCUUUGCUGGACUUUGUGGCCCCUUCAAGGCCGUUUGUGGUCUACUGUCAGUACAAAGAGCCUCUGUUGGAAUGCUACACAAAACUGCGGGAGAGGGGAGGGGUCAUCAACCUCAGGCUGUCUGAAACCUGGCUCAGAAAUUAUCAGGUUUUGCCAGAUCGAAGUCAUCCUAAACUGCUGAUGAGUGGUGGUGGGGGUUAUCUUCUCUCCGGCUUCACCGUUGCCAUGGACAACCUUAAAGCAGACACCAGCCUCAAAUCUAAUGCAAGCACUUUAGAAUCACACGAGACUGAGGAGCCUGCAGCUAAAAAACGAAAAUGCCCAGAGUCUGACUCUUAACCCUUUUGAGAAUUGCUCUGAAUUUUGUUCUCAGGCAUUAUACAGUUAGUAAUUAAACUUUAAAUGCCAUUACUACUUGUUUUUUCAUAUCCCAAGAAUAAGAACAUGUCUAUGUACCCGUUUCUAGAAAGGAGGAGUAUAUGCCUUUUGUCUAUUUCUGACACAGAUGCAUUUGGUCUGUCAAAACUGCAACCAUGGGGUAUGUAGUAUGACCAACUGCAUUUAACAAAACUCCUCUAAGUACUUCUAAAUAUUCUGUGCAAAUAUCUUGAGAACUUCAACAUCCUAAAAAUGUGUUUCUACAAGACUUUAUAUUUUAAGCUAAGUGGAAUAAUACAACAUAACUAAAACAUGGCGGGUACCGAAAGGAGGGCAAUUCAUGGAAGAAAUUUCCUCUGUUCAUUCCGUUCUCUUCAACCUGAGCAGUAUGGAUGUGUGAGUGUGUGAUUUAUUAUGGUACCAAAAAUGUCCACCUUCUUUCCUGCAGUGGAAUAAGCUUUUUUGAAAUGCUAAGGUUUUAUUUUAAUAGUUGACAACCUGGGAAAGUUCUGAGUAUUUAUUUUACUGCUCUUUUUUGUGCAUAGAAAGGUUUAGUAGGGUACUUUUUUGCAUUAAUUUGCCAAUACUCUUAUUCUUUGUUCUAAAUAAAGUGACUAGAAUUUUUGUGUACUAUUCAGUUAAAGGAAACAAAUGUC